UCGUUCGCAUUGGGUAUCAGCAAGGAAGCCAUAUUAUCCCUGUAGGGAGCGCUCUCUUGUCAAACUAGUCUAAAAAUGGCCGCCAUGAAGAAUACUCACCCAAUAGAUACCCGUGCGGAAUUAGUCGAGUUAGUGCGGCGUCGAGCAGAAAUUGCUGAUACCCUGGCGAAUCUAGAGCGUCAGAUCUACGCAUUUGAAGGAAGUUACCUGGAGGACACACAGUUGUAUGGCAACAUCAUCCGCGGCUGGGACAGAUACCUCUCCAACACCAAUCGCAACACUAACAGCAAAGCAGACAAGAGGAAUCGCAAGUUUAAGGAGGCAGAUCGGUUGUUUUCUAAGUCGUCUGUAACUUCUGCAGCUGCUGUGAGUGGUGUGGCUGACCAGCAGGAGAAACGAGAACCGCCCAGCCCUGACUCCCAGAACAAUCAGAAUAGCGCCAACACACCUAACUCCACUUUGGCCUCUGCGUCGGCCAAUGGCAACAGCCAGUCCAGUAAUGCCAGCAGUAAUGGCAACCACAUCCCUCCCCAGACCAACCACUCCGGCAAGGUGCUGAAGGCCAACGCUGUCAGACACAAGAAAAGCAAGAACAAGGCCAGGCACAGGCUGGAGGUGAAGCUACGGAAAGGGAAGGAGGGAGGUGACUAACACUGAGGGGUCAUUGAGAGGCGUGAAUUGACUUUGAUAAGUGGACAUCUUGGCUUACUGACUGACUGGAACUUGACCACGUCCAACAGUGACCAGUGGGUGUCACCCUGCUCAGUUUCAGUUUUAUGGAGCAUGCAAGGACUUUGACUCUUGAUUUUAUCGUUGUGUAUAUACAAGUAGACCAACAAGCCAAACAACGUCUCCAAUCACUGAAGAUAUGCUUGACGUCAUGGAAGACAGUCUUCAGAUCUCAGAAUGAGAUGCUGUGUAAAUGGUUAUCUGUGACCAGGGAGUCUAGUCCACGUACAGGUUGUGUCCUGCCCUGCUGUUCAGUCACCAGUAGAUCUCUAGCUGCAUCAUGAAAUGUGAAGAGAUAUUUCCCUGCACUAUGAAUUGCAAUACUUGGCAAUGAAAACAGCAGUUCCAGUUUAUCUUGGUUCAGUGGUGGGGUUAUGAAAGUAUCAGAUAUUUCUUUUUUUCUUGAAAAGAUAUAUUGAAAAACAGGCAUGUAUGUCAAAAGAGAUCUUUGACAUAACAAAAAUAAGAAAAUUCUCAUCCCCAAAUGUUACAAAUACCGGAUUUGAUGGAAACAAUGACACAUUGAUUGUAAUUAGGAUAUUUUCAUUUUGGUAACAUCAUUGAGACACAUCAGCAGUACGUUGUCCACUUGUGUGGUUCCUGUUAAUGUUUUCAUGUUCAUUGUAUAAUAAACAAAUCAGAAUGUUA